AUGUCAACACUGUGUAGCGCUGUGUCCGUCACCACAGGAACUUCGGGGCACAGCCACAGCCGCCGCCGCUCCGGAGGAGGAGGUGGAGGGGGUCUGACCCUGGUGGAGGACUCUGUGCCGGAUCAGCUGGCCCUCGCAGGACGCACCCACACCAGGCGAGGGUCCAGCCAUUCAGUGCUCCACAGCAGAUCCAAAGAGACGCCCAACAAAGAUUAUGCCUACGGACAGGUGGAACUGAAUCUGGUGCGACCCGAACCUGAGACUCUGUAUCCCAGCAGUCUGAGCACGACCACAGCGGCAGUUGCAAGUGGAAUUCGGGUGGGUUCUGGGCCAUCAGCAGCAGCAUCCGCAGCAGCAGCAGCAGCAGCAGCUUCGAUGAACCAUCAGGAUACGAUCACGCUGGAGGAUUCGCAGAGUGCCGCCGAGUAUGUGGCCAAUGCUAUUAAGCUGGCCUACAAACAGCCACAGAUACAGAUCCAGCAGCCACAGCCACAGAUCCUAACGCAAUCGCAGGCGGCCCCAAAGGAGCCCAAGGCUUCAUCAGAGCAGCCGCAGAGGGAUGUGGAACGGGAACGAGAACUCCUGGAGCUGCACUUGCAGAAGGAGCUUCAGGCGCAGCAGGCUCCCGCUCCAGUGUACGAGAAGGAGCCCGUGACCCGCAGCUACGAGCUCUACGAACAGGGAGAUCCGUCGAUCCAGUCCCAGCCCCAAACGGGGGAGAUCGAGCGGCAGUAUCGCACAAAAUACUACAACUAUGUUCCGUAUCCGCCGCCGCAGCUGUACCGCAACCUCGAAGCGGAAGCCGAGGAGAAGGUGCGGGUGUCCGCCUCCACGGAGAUACCCAAGUCGGAGAUCAUGAAGCAAAUCGAGAAGUCGGUGAUCAAGUACAUGAAAGAGCUGGAGGCAGAGGGCAAGAUUCUGAGCACGCCCCAGGAGCAGCCGCAGUCGAUGCCACCGCCGCUCAUCAAAACUUACUACAAGCCGGCAUCCGCCUCCAUUUCUGUGUCCUCGGCGGCUCCAUCCUCCUCCUCAGCAACCUCUGCGUCCUCGUCGAUCUCCUCGAUUUCCGAUGAGAAGCGCUACAGCAGCAGCACGGUGAGACCGAAGUACACUCCGCCGCCGGGACAGGGUCGCCAGCAAUCGUCGUCUUACCACCAACAUCAUCCCUCUGGCGGUCAGGUGGCGGCGCACCACCAUCAUCAGCAACAGCACCAGACCAAGGCUCAUCCCCAUCUCCACUCGAGCUCCCACUCCCAGUCGCACUCCCAGCCCCAGUCCCAGUCUCAGUCCCACUCCCCGUCGCACUCGCAGCCACAGUCGCACUCCCACGCCCAGUCAAAGCCCCAAGUGCAGCACUUCCAGUCCGAGACGGAGACCGCCUACCAAGCGCCCGAUCUACCCGUAGACGAGCUCAGUCCCAAUGUCGAGUUCAUCUACAAGAUCAAGACGCGGGCACCGCUUCAGACGGCCACCGUGAAAACGGUCUCCAAGCCGUACACGCUGCCCCUGAAGAGCACGGAGCACUUUGACCAUGGCGCUGCCCUCAAGAAUAUCGAAGAGUUCGAUCUGUCCCAUGUGGUCAGUGGGUCCGAGCGGGAAAGGGAGCGGGAACGUGAGCGGGAGCGUGAGACGGGGGAAGACCAACAGCUGCAACACCACCAUCAGCAUACCCGGGGAUCCGGCGGGAAGCCCCACAAGCUGUAUUUCAACUCUGAGAUCUACCACGACAUUAACUCGCUGCCGUUUAAAGGCGAAAAAGUGCGACACGACCCAGAAGCGGAGCGGGCGAUCCACGAGUACCGUCAAAAGCUAAAGUCGGCCGCCGGAGACCUCCAUCCGGACUACAAGGGCUACACGGGCUACUUUGCUGAGCCGGAUCCGGAGUCAGAGCGCGAGGAACGGGAGCAGGCCAAGCUCCAGCUGCAGCUUCAGUCCCAGGAGGACGGUUACCCCAUAGUCAAUCCCUAUCCCUAUCUGCUUAAGAAGGAGCCGCUGGGGUCCAAGUACGAGGAGGAGCAUGAACCCUGGCCAGAGCAGCCGCUCCGACUGGUCCACACACACGGCCACCCACUCGGCCACAGCCACGCCCACGCCCAUGCCCAUGCACAUGGCAAGGGCCAGCACAAAGGGCAGGGCCAGGGUCAGGGUCAGGUUGGUGGGAUCAACACCAGCCUUGAGUACGACAGCUACAGCCCUAAGUUCAACAAUAAUCCCGAGGGCUACGGCUACCAGCACACGUACAAGGGCUCCUCUGGAGGGACGCUGCCCGCCGGUGGCAAGCGUGGCAAGCGGGGCGGCAGCGGAGCCGGCUCCAGCGGCGGCGGUGGCAAUGUCCACCCGAUUCCGGGCAAGAAGCAGCUGCGGACGAGCGCCGCCAGUGCGGGUGGCGAUCUGGAGGCCAGCCUCGCCCUGAGGCCCCCACCCAAAAAGUAGUUCGCCCCCAGUCCCCCCUCUCAUAGCUGAUUUUAUGCAACAUUUUGUUGAUUGUUGAAUGUAUUUUUUUUGUUAGUUACUCUAAGUAUUUUAUGAUUAUUUAUUUUACGGCCAGCUGCCCAGACCCGGGACCCAAAACCGGUGCUUGUCAGCAUACUAGAAAAGCGCAAACAAAUUACCCAGUAAUAAACAAAUACUA